AUGCUGUCAGAUCCAGAAACCUCCGAUGUCCCACAACUAGAUGACGAGCUAGACUAUCCACUCAGGAUUGUCCUUGUCACCGAUGAACCGAAAUCAAAAGAAUCAGAAAUGGAAGAAAUACUCGUGGAUAAAAUCUCAACUUUUACCUUGAUGAAUGCGUUUUUUGAUGAAUUUGAUGAAACCGUGGCGGUACCGAAUGAAGGUCAUAUCAAAUAUGAAGUGGGAAGUGAUGGAUUAGUGGUGAUUAUUGUUGAUAAUACGAAGUUGAAGGACGAUGUGGUACUGUUUGUUGAGGAUUACGAUAAGAAAUUGAAACAAGAUGAAACGGAGGAAAUUGAAAAGGCCGAGACAGGUAAAGAGGAGGAAGGUGAGGAGACAAGGAAGAAGAAAAAGGCUAAAACCACGGCUUAG